GGUUUCCUCAUUGGCUUGGAUAUAUGGUUUGGCGACCAAUCAAAAAGAGAAAAAAAAACGCUGAUGAAGUGAGCAGGGGAAGCUUAAUGAAUGCAGAUGCUCGGGAAGCAGGUCAGAGCGGGUCACGGAAGGCUUUGAGGAGUGUGAAUAAUAAUGUGAUGAAGCGUCUUUUGCUAGGAGCCGUCGCCAAAAACGAUCGCCUCCGCCGAGGAAAUCCGUUUGCCAGCUCAAGCAAAAGAGACUUGGUUGAUUGAGGGUCAGGUUUCAAUCAAACUUCCUUUUUUGUGUGUCCGCAUCCAUUUUAGCUCUUUCACCGGGCGGCCAUUUUGCCACUUCCUACUUGCUGAAAAUGCCCUCACGGGUGCUCAGGGAACGACCAAUCAUGGCUCACCUCUUUUUUGGCUGCAGCUGUUUGUUAAAUUUACAAUGUAAUUGAUUUUAUUGCUCAUGUUUAUCGUCCGGAAUUUUUCCUCCAUCGCAGAAAAGUAGAAAGCGCUUUCAAACGACUACCCCUGCAUGCGAAGUGCAUGGAGCAAAAAUGUGUCGGACAAGACGAUUAGGCCCAAAGAGAAAGACGGGCUUCAGUCAUCACGAUGUUUUUGUUUUUUGAUCAAUAUUGCGCCGGUUUGUCUUCAUCGUUGUGCUUGACGUUGUUGCCGCUUCCCCCAUCUUUGUCGUGAUCAAUACUGUAUUGCAAUUGUGACCCUUGACCUUUUCGCCACCUGGUUUGAGCGCAUCAGCAUCUUGGCCAUCCUGCUCAACUGCGUGACUCUGGGAAUGUUUCAGCCCUGCGAUGACACACACUUCCUGUUGCAGGCACUGGACGACGGCAUCUUUGUAUUUUUUGCCGGGGAGAUGCUGGUCAAGAUGGUGGCUCUGGGGAUCUUCGGCCACAACGGUUACCUCGGAGACACAUGGAACCGCCUGGACUUCUUCAUUGUCAUCGUGGGGAUGUUGGAGUACUCGCUGGACGGACACAACAUCAGCCUGUCGGCAAUUCGCACCGUGCGCGUCCUACGGCCGCUCAGGGCCAUCAACAGGGUUCCCAGCAUGCGCAUCCUGGUCACCCUGCUGCUGGACACGCUUCCCAUGCUGGGCAACGUGUUGGCGCUUUGCUUCUUCGUCUUCUUCAUCUUUGGCAUCGUUGGCGUGCAGCUUUGGGCGGGGCUCCUGAGGAACCGAUGCUUCAUGGGGGAGGACGUCAAGACGAGGUACAACGUCUCUUUCCUGAGCGUUUACUACCGUCCGGGCGGCACGGAGGACCACCCGUUCAUCUGCUCGGCAGAGCGAGACAACGGCAUGCUGCGCUGCGCCGACGUGCCCCGCCGGCGCGUUGCCGGGACGUCCUGCUUCCUGGCGGCCGAGGACACCCGUCCCGAGAGGGCGGCGGCGGCGGCGGCGGCGGGAGGAGACGGGACGUCGUGUGUCAACUGGUACCAGUACUACAACGAGUGUCGCGCCGGCGAGUUGAACCCGCACAAGGGAGCGAUCAACUUUGAUAACAUUGGAUAUGCGUGGAUUGCCAUUUUUCAGGUAAUUACUCUGGAAGGCUGGGUGGACAUCAUGUAUUACGUCAUGGAUGCCCACUCUUUCUACAACUUCAUCUACUUCAUCUUCCUCAUUAUCGUGGGCUCCUUUUUCAUGAUCAACCUGUGCCUGGUGGUCAUCGCCACCCAGUUCUCGGAGACCAAGCAGCGCGAGCACGCCCUGAUGAAGUCGGAGCAGCGCGCCCGCCAACUCCACCAGUCGGCGUCCACGCUAGCCAGCGACAGCCAGCCGGGCAGCUGCUACGAGGAGAUUAUCCGCUACUUGGCGCACUUGGGCCGCAAGGCGUGCCGCCGCCUGUCCCGGUUGCUGGCCCUGGGCGCCGCCGGCCUGCGCUGCGCCUGCGCCUGCGCCGCGCGCCGCCGGGACCGGGGCGUGACCGAGAUGAACGGGCUGGCACACCGGCAUUCCGGUCAUGUUGCGGGUGAUCUGUCGCACCUUUGUGAGAUGUAUCAUCAGCGACACCCUCCGCCGCCACCGCGAGUGGAAUGUCGGCUGAGUAACGGAGGUUUUAAUUACCCCGUCAUAUCACCUCUCCACCCUCACCCGGAUGCAAAGGGUCCGCAUCACAAGAGAGGCGGCGCCGCGGAGGCCGGCAACAGGCUCGUCCUGGAACACGGCGGUUGCGCGGCCCACCCGGCGCUACCCUUGCCUGGCGAGGUCCCUGUGGAGUCGCCGCCAUGUCCGUACUGCAGCUACUACAACCGAGUGCGUGACCCCCAAAUCCAGGCAGUGGACGAGGAUCAUCGUCAUUAUCAGGAGCAGCGAGGCCCAGUCAGCAACCCCGCGCCGCCACUGCAGCCCCCUUGCAAGAGCCCCGCCCCCCGCCCGGGCGAGAGACACGCCGCCCGGCCCGUGUGGCGGGCGUGCGCUCGAUGCUGGGCGGAAUACAGGAGCAAACUGGAGCUCAUUGUGGGCAGCAGAUACUUCAACAGAGGCAUCAUGAUUGCAAUUCUGAUCAACACGCUGUCCAUGGGAAUCGAGUAUCACGAACAGCCGCAGGAGCUGACGGAUGUUUUGGAGAUCAGCAACAUGGUGUUCACGAGUCUGUUCAGCCUGGAGAUGCUGCUGAAAGUCGUGGCGCUCGGCCUCUUCGGCUACAUCAAGAACCCCUACAAUGGCUUCGACAGCAUCAUCGUCAUCAUCAGUGUGUGGGAGAUUGUGGGCGAGGCGGACGGAGGUUUGUCCGUGCUGCGUACCUUCCGUCUGCUGCGGGUCCUGAAGCUGGUGCGCUUCCUGCCAGCCCUGAGGAGGCAGCUGGUGGUGCUCAUGAAGACCAUGGACAAUGUGGCCACCUUCUGCAUGCUGCUCAUGCUCUUUAUUUUCAUCUUCAGUAUCCUGGGGAUGCAUUUGUUUGGCUGCAAAUUUGGUUUGCGACAAGAUAGCGGAGACACGCUCCCCGACAGAAAGAACUUUGACUCGCUGCUCUGGGCCACCGUCACCGUCUUCCAGAUCCUGACGCAGGAAGACUGGAACGCCGUCCUGUACAACGGCAUGGCGUCCACCACGCCGCUGGCCGCCCUCUACUUCGUCGCCCUCAUGACCUUUGGCAACUACGUCCUCUUCAACCUGCUGGUGGCCAUCUUGGUUGAAGGCUUCCAGGCCGAAGGCGAUGCCAGCCGAUCGGAUUCGGACGACGAGGGCCAGUCUCUGUCGUACGACGAGGAGGAGAAGUUGCGGGAGUUGUACGCCGCGGAGCGCAAGAUCCAGGCCAUGAUCAGCAGCCCCAAUGGUCUCCUGAACCCCAGGGCCUCCAUGCCGCCACCCCUUUCCCUGCCCGUCAUCACUCACACAGCGGCCACGCCCACCGUGACUUAUGGCCAAUCGCGGCGCACCAGUGCGGCCUCCGCCGUGGACAGCCUCGAGCAACUGAGGUCGCCGCCUCCGUGGGACAGCCUCCCGCAGAGCCGUCGCUCCAGCUGGACCAGCCUGGGCCGGGCCCCCAGCCUCCACCGCCGGAGCCAGUCGGGCGAGAUGGAAUCGCUGCUCUCCGACGGCGGCAGCAGAGAGGCGUCCUUGGACACGCCCGACUACCUGCAGGUGCCCCCCUUGCGCUCGCCCGACUGCAACGGGACCGCCGCCUUCCCCAUGCCCGAGCACGCUUACGACGACGCGCUCCAGACGUCGCUUUACCACGCGCAGGCGGAGGACGAGGACGCCGAGGAGACUUUGUACCAGAAGCUGAGGAAACUGCUGGAGCCGUACGAGCCUCAGUGGUGCGUGGAGCACGAGGAUUGGUCACUCUACGUCUUCGCUCCGCACAACCGCUUCCGGCUGUGGUGCCAGAAAACCAUUGGGCACAAGAUGUUCGAUCACAUCAUCCUGCUCUUCAUCUUCCUUAACUGCAUCACCAUCGCGCUGGAGAGGCCCGACAUUCAUCCGCGCAGCAUGGAGCGAGUGUUCCUCAGCGUGUCCAAUUACAUCUUCACUGUGAUCUUUGUCGGCGAAAUGAUGGUCAAGGUGGUAGCCAUGGGCAUGUACUUCGGCAAAGGUGUGUAUCUGCAGAGUAGCUGGAACAUCUUGGAUGGGGUCCUGGUGUUGGUGUCCCUGGUGGACAUCCUCGUGUCGGUGGCGUCGGCGGGUGGCAAUCGAAUCCUGGGCAUCUUGCGCGUACUGCGGCUGCUGCGCACGCUGCGACCGCUCAGGGUGAUCAGCCGAGCCCCCGGGCUAAAACUGGUGGUGGAGACCCUGAUCACAUCGCUCAGGCCCAUCGGCAACAUCGUCCUCAUCUGCUGUGCCUUCUUCAUCGUCUUUGGCAUUUUGGGGGUUCAGUUAUUCAAAGGCAAGUUCUUCCACUGUGAGGGCUACAACGUGACCAGCAUCACCAACAAGACGCAGUGCUUGGACGCAGGACACCGUUGGAUGCGCAGGAAGUACAACUUUGACAACCUGGGACAGGCGCUGAUGUCUCUGUUUGUGCUGUCGUGCAAAGACGGCUGGGUCAGCAUCAUGUACGACGGCCUGGACGCGGUCGGCGUCGACCAGCAGCCCGUCCGCAACAACAACCCUUGGAUGCUGCUCUUCUUCAUCUCCUUCCUGCUCAUUGUCAGCUUCUUCGUGCUCAACAUGUUCGUGGGCGUGGUGGUGGAGAACUUCCACAAGUGUCGGCAGCAGCAGGAGGAGGAGGAAGCCCGACUCCGCGAGGAGAAGCGGCGCAAGCGCCUGGAGAAGCGCCGGCGCAAGGCCCUGGAGAAGCCGUACUACGCCGACUACUCGCCGCUACGUCUCUCCAUCCACAGCGUGUGCACCAGCCACUACCUGGACCUCUUCAUCACUAUCAUCAUCGUCACCAACCUGCUCACCAUGAGCAUGGAGCAUUACAACCAGCCCCAGUACCUGGUGGAGAUCCUCAAGUACUGCAACUAUGUCUUCACGGUGGUGUUUGUCAUCGAGGCCAUCCUCAAGCUCAUCGCGUUUGGCCUUCGUCGCUUUUUUAAAGAAAGAUGGAACCAGUUGGACCUGGCCAUCGUGCUGCUCUCCAUCAUGGGAAUCACGCUGGAAGAAAUCGACCUGAACGCCUCGUUGCCCAUCAAUCCCACCAUCAUACGCAUCAUGAGGGUGUUGAGGAUCACGCGGGUUCUGAAGCUGUUGAAGAUGGCCACGGGAAUGCGAGCUCUGCUGGACACGGUCAUGCAAGCGCUGCCUCAGGUGGGGAAUCUGGGUCUGCUCUUCAUGUUGCUGUUCUUCAUCUAUGCAGCUCUGGGAGUUGAGCUCUUUGGAAAACUGGAAUGUUCCGAGGAGAACCCGUGCGAGGGCCUGAGCCGUCACGCCACUUUCGACAACUUCGGCAUGGCCUUCCUGACGCUCUUCCGCGUGUCCACCGGCGACAACUGGAACGGGAUCAUGAAGGACACGCUGCGCGACUGCCGACCGGAGGACCGCCACUGCCUCAGCUACCUGCCGCUGAUCUCGCCCGUCUACUUCGUCACCUUUGUGCUGACGGCGCAGUUCGUGCUGGUCAACGUGGUGGUGGCCGUCCUUAUGAAGCACCUGGAGGAGAGCAACAAGGAGGCGCAGCUGGACGAGAUGGAGGAGCGGCGGGAGCGCGAGGAGGCCCUUCGCGGCGCCGCCUUGGCGGGCGGGGAACCCGCCGCCCCCAACGGCGACGCACCUCCGCAGGUGCAGGUGGAGGAUGAGGAGCGUUGCCGCGGCAACCUGCUGAGCAACGGCCGCAUGCUGUCACUGCCCAGCGACGGCUACGGCCAGCAGCCGCUCAGAUGUGCGGCGUACCCGUCGGCCGCCGUCGACGCCUACUCGGCCUACGGCUACUCGGGCUCCAUGUCGUCACUGGGCUCCAGCGGGGGCGGAUCCCUGCUGCAGGUCCCGGGCGCCCUCCCCACCAUUAGCCACGCCUCUCUGGGCCACGGGCGCAGCAGCCGCCCCGUGAUCCGCCUCAGCAGCUCCCAGAGCAUCGACAGGGGCUCGCCUCAUCGAGGCCCCCCGCCGGACCGGCGCCGGCUGGACUCGGCCCACAGCGUGGACGGCUGUCGGUUCAGCCCCGCCCGGGUGGCCGACCUUCGGCGACUGAGCUCGGCGCAGAGCGUGGACGGAUACAGGGUGGGCGGGGAAAGGGCCAAGCUGGUAUCUUGCUGCAGUAUGGACAGACAUCCCUCGCUUAGGCUGAGUCCCCUGCACGGGGGUUCCAGGGGACCCUCUCAUUGGCUGAGCCCCGAGGAGAGUUUGGAUCGCAACAAGCUAAGUCCCUCAUACAUCCCAGAGAGUUCCCACCUCAAGAGACCCUCGUCGUUCCGCGCUGCUGGUCGACAGUUGCGCAGACAAGAAGCCGUGCGUUGUGAUUCACUGGAUCAAAGCGGCUCGGCUGACAACGUGUCGGACGGCCUCCCCCCCGCGCCCGCCGGCACAUCUUCCACUUCCACGCCGCCCCGCCAGCGCUCGUCCAGCGUUCACACCUUGAAAUACACCCAACCGCAGAGGGUCAUCUCAUGCCGGAGUCGCGGCGAUACGGCCGGAUCGCAACCGGGACCCGAUCGGGACCUGGCGGGAAAGGACGCAGGGGGGUCGGAGCCCCGGGUGGCGGACGAUACUGACGACGAAGUGCGGCGGAUCAACGCGCACUCGCACAGACACCUGGCUCCCGAUCCCGAUGAGGUUCGCGGCCGCCUCAGCCAAUCGGCAUCGCCGGUGUCGGGCCGGAACAGGAAGGAGCGUGUGAGCCCGCCUCCGGGGGAGGAGCCGGUUACCAUGGCGACGCAGUUGAUGGACAGCAGUGUGGAGCUCAGGAGGCGGACGCUGUCGUUCGACGCCACCAAUCAGCCCGAGUCAGGCUCUGUGGACGACUGACUUUUUAUUUUAUUUUAUUAUUUUAAAUUAUUCUUUUUUUCUUUUUUUUUUGGGAAGCAUAGCAGGACACGUCCACCUUCCUUGUCCCGGCCAAUCACAGGGUACGUAUUUUCAGACUGCCCCCUGCAAUGCAGUUUUUGUUAACAUUUUUUUUUUUUUUUGCACCCGAGUUGCACAACUUUCAAGUGGUUUAGCCUUGAGUCGAUAGUGACUACACGUCAAUUUCCCUUUUGCUUGUUCUAUACUCCUGCCUUCAUCCCAGCUUCUGUUCCCCUUGCGCCUCAAGCCUAGGUCACAGUACCAUCGAAACCAAAGGUGUCAAACUCCGGUUGUUGCAUCAUAUAUGGUGGUGUUCAGGAUUUUUUUGCUCCGUCGCGCAAAAUACAAAUUCACGUGUAAAAAGAAGUCCGCCAUUGUUCUUCGUCAAAUAGAAUAUGAAGAAAACACUCCUUUUAAAAAUUACCUGUCACAAAAACAAACCAUGUUAAAUAACUUUCUUAAGUUGUUGCCUCGCUCGACUAACCCACCACUAUUGAGAGCAAUUCUAAAAUAAAAGCCAAAGAAAAAGUUCUGUAUUUUGCGAUGCUUUGGCACAUUUUUGCACAGUUUUCAAUGAAAAUCUUGCUGAAAUGCAGAAUCAAACUAUUUUAAAAGAUCAAUUAAUUAAUUAAUAUUACUUUUAUGAGUACAAUGUUUAAAUCAACAAAAUGUUCUGUUGAUAGCAAGUGAGCUGACACAAACGUAAAAAAAAAAAAAAAAGCAAUAUUUUGGAGAAUCUUUAUUUAUGAUUAUUAUUUUGCGGGGCAUAGCUUUGAUAACGCUUAUCCUGAAAAAUAACCCCAAAGAGAAAUCAAAAUGUGCCAAGACUGAAUGUUUUAAUGGUCAGAGAAUUUUGUUUUGUUUUUUUCAAGAAUUAUUUUUCAUUUUUUGUACAAUUAUUUUUUUUUUCCUCCAUCAUUAAUUUUCAUCAUCAAGAGUUCUUACCACAACUUAUAUUGUGACAAAUGUGUGAUAAUUCCAUCAACAUUCCUGCAUUCAAAUAUAUUGUUAUAUUAUAAGCUACAAUGUAUAACAUAAGACAUUUUGAGAGUUAUUAUUUUUUUUUUGUGGGACUAGCAUUUUAAAACUCAUUCAUACAUCAUGCAGAAUUCAAUCAAUGUAUGGAAUAUGUAGUGUGACCUAGGCUUUAGCGGUCUCUACCUCUACCUGUUUGCCCCCCCCCCCCCCCCCCGCACCCCCAACCCCGCCUGCACACACACAAUAAUCACUAUUACCGCCUGAUGAGUUUCACUUCCUGUUUUAUGGCUUUGUAUUCUCAGGGUAGAAGUAGUGUUAGACCCCCCCCCCCCCCCGCUCUCUGAAGUUGGACUUGAAUCGCUUUUUAACCCCAAAACACAACAAUUUAUGCAAUAUGUAUCCUAGGUGUCAGUGUUUGAUUUGUUUACUUGAGCCAUGCCUGAGAUUUAAUCAGAAGGCGGCCAUUUUGGUUCAAAGUAGCCAUUUUGGGUGAAUUCAAUGGUUUGUAAGUACGUACAGCAUUUGCCCAAAAGAUCUGAAUUUUGGACUUUGAACUUUAUAGGCAUGCCUGAAAACGUGUAGAAUUAUUGCUAACGUACAUCCUGACAAAAAUAUUUUCCUAUUUUCAAGGCCCUCAGCACAACGUCCAAGAAUUCACUCAGUAACCCAGACGUGAAAUUUGUCAGGCAUGUCACAAGACGCCUCAAAUUGCCUCAAGGACCCACAAUUGAAAUUUAAGGUGGCCAUUUUGGUUUGAGGCGGCCAUUUUGGGAGAAAUCCCUGCUCUUUCUGUGGAAUUUGCCAAAACUGAGCUGUAUUAACUCCUUUUUUAGAGCGCUUCGAGUCAACAUGCCUGAAACUACACCCAUUUUUGAAAAUAUCUGUAUCCUGGUUCCCAACGCACCCAAAAAUUCAACCAUUUAUGCCCCAUGGAAUCAGUCUGAAGUUUGAAGCAAAUUGAGUUGGGUAGCGUUAAAAUGCCAAGAUUUGUCACCUACGCUAAGUGAUGCAGUGUCAAAAUAUGCAAUAAGCCAAUCUGUAGCGUCACUUGGAAAAUUUUCUUUGACAAAAUCAGUCCUGGACACCAAUUUCCAAAAAUGACUUUCACCUUCGGCAAUCAAUAGUGGCCACGCGCGGUGUCACAAAUUUUCAACAAUCUCACUCAGCAGCGCCUCUUGAUGAUCCAUGAACCCCCCACCAAUGACCAGUGCGUACAAUUGAACAGGAAGGCGGCCAUUUUGAUUCCAAGCGGCCAUUUUGAGGCAAAUCCGAUGCUUUUGUUGCUGAUGAACAGGCAUGCAGAUAAGAAGGGCUUAUUCAUGGUCAAAUAGAGACGACUCUAUUUUAUUUAAACAGCAGCAGUAGCGGAGACGCGAGGAAGACAACAGGUGAAUUUUUAACACUUAUGAAUGUUACAGGAAGUUUGUUGUCAUGAUGAUGAUGAUGAUGAUGGUUUUCAAUGUUGCACAUGAAAUGGUCUGAGAUGCACAAAAAGAGGAGCAGGGCUUUGAACGCAGUCCCUGGAAUAAAACGACUUCCUGUCUGACUUUUA